GUACGAUUAAGUUCUGAACCGUCGUCAUUAGUCUUUCGGCGGUAGUGGUUAGCUCAAGUGCGAAUUUCUGCAAAGUCUAGCUCUAGGUACGGACAAGAGUUUUGUGUAACAAAUUUUUAGGGGAGGUCGUCCUUUUUCUGCGGAGAAGCAAUUCCCGGAAUUUUUCCCUUGAAAGUUUUCCCGGACGUUUUGGCGAAUCGCGUAACUCGAAGUGAAAUCGAAAUCUUCAUUAGUCUCGAUAGUAUCUUCAGGGUAUGAUCUGGUGAAGGAAUCGAAUUUCCAAUUUUUGCAAUAACGUCCUUCACAUCGUCGACGUCGUCGUCGUCUUCGCCGACUUGAGCGAGAGCAAUUUUGUGGUGCGUGUGAGUGGGUAGAUCCGUGAAUUUUCACUUUUUCGUGAAGCUAUCUACCCCAGGUUUUUCCCGAUUUCGUCACCUCGAAAUCUGGCGACCGAUUUCUCCGAGUCAAGUUGUCCAGAGUCUUCUUAUAAUACGUCGAGUGAAAAAUUAUAUGGAAUUCCAUCGUUCAGUUCAGUGUAAAGUCGAAGGCAGAUAACAUCCCGAUUAGUUUUUUUUUUUUCAAGCAGGCGACGACUUUUUCUGCUGUGACGUACUUGUGCAUUUUUUUUCUUGUCCGCAACUCUGCGCGAAUUUUUCCUUUAUCUGUGUGUUGUGCGAUUUGCGGGCGAUUUGUGGGAAAUAUAAUCGAAGAAGCGAAACAAAAAAAAAUCUCAAAUCUUAACGCUGCUGCUAGAAGAUAAAGAGAACGCGAGUCGUCGCGUUCCAAUACAACAGAGAGCUGCUGCCAGUGGAACAAAUCGAAGCUAAAGCAAACAAAAAUAAGAAAAAGAGAAGCUCCCAAGAAGAUUAAGUCACAUGAAGAAGGUGCAAGAUUGUAUUGAAGAAUAUUAAGUCGUCGUAACCGCAUGAGUGCGCGAGUGUUUGCGGCAUACGCGUGACGCGCGACCCGAGACGCGAUUUACCGCCUGUGUGUGGGAGAACGAGUAAAUCAAAACGGGUCGAGCAGCAUCGGGUGUUGGGGGGAAAAACGAAAAUAACAACAAAAAAAGUAUUAUCAGCAGUGUUGGAAGUUUGUGGUUUUGUUUCAAGUGGUAUAGAGAAUAAUAUGAGCAAAUUUGCGAAAAUAGAUAACCAUCAUUGACGGAGGGCAGAGCGAAGUGUUUGAAAACAGCACUUCAACCGGUACUUAGAGCAAGUGGAGGUGAAGAGAAUUCUUCGUUUACGAUUCGAGGCCCGAUGAGGAUGGCCGAUUAUGGCGACUAAUCAUCCUCCCAGGAAGCCGCCAGAUCAACAUGACCCUCCCCCCUUCUCCGAAGACGAAUUGCGUCCAACAAACAAUAACAACAACAACACUAGUAAUAGUGACGGCCCAGCUGUGAGCAACGCCAGUCUUCUUCUGAAGCAACGGCGCUCAACGUGUUCCUGUUCAAAUAUUGCGAUUAUGCAACUGUUUCACGAGAUGAAGCAGAAAUAUCCAACCGUUCCCGAUCACGUGGUGUCCGACUUGGUGACGGCCAACUGUCACAAUCGGCCAGCUUGUAUCGACAGUUUGGAGAAAGCGGUUCUCGGGACGCCGGCCGCUGCUCAAGCCUAUCCCUCGCAAUCGAUCCACAGCACCAGCAGCUUGCAGCGGAGAAUCAAUGAGAGGAAGCGGAACAAGCUGGAAGCUGGAAGUCUGAGCGGAUGCAGCAGUGGAAGCAGCAGUCGCGAGAGUAGCGUCGAUAAGCUGUCCAACAAAGCCAAUGGGGUGGGAGAUGUGGGUGGAUCGAAUUAUCACACCACGAAUAGACUGUACAACAGCAAUAAUAAUAACAGUAGUAACCACAUUACAUCGAAUGCUGCUGCUGGGGAACUCCCACGUAAUAGUGUUGGUGCUAAUACUGGAAGUAAAACUGAUAACCUCUCAUCAACGACGACGACGACGACGAAUUUUGAUAACAACAACAAUCAAAUCGCGCCCAGCCGACCCAAUACUUUGGCGUUUAGUGGCUCUCGUCCGACUCGAGUAGCGCCGUUGCCUCCGAUCAGUUCAACUAUAACCGCGAGCCCCGAGCUGGGCGAAACCGUAAACGUCCAGCUAAACGUCACCGUGUCACCGGUGGCCAGUCGAAGUCCCCUUGGACAACGGCACACCUCAACCCUGCAGCUGCAACCGGAAGCUCCCUACUCCCUGGAACUUGCUCAAGCCUCCAGCAGCUUCAACACCCCGGGACCUCUUCCCCCGGGAGCCAACAGCCGGAGUUCCACCUCGGUGAAUCUUACCCUCCGGCAGCCAACGGACGGUCCACAGUCCCCGAUUCACAUUCACGCUAGUCCCCUCAAAUACACAGCCAAAGGUUUCAACGCUCAAUCCGGGAUCCAGAGCAAGCUGGAGAUUACGUUCCGGGACGGGUACGGUUCCAUCAGUGCCAUGCGGACCCACGUACCCGGUUUCGAAACCGAUGGAACCCCGAUCCCAAACUCAACCGGUACCAACAACAACAACAGCGGUAGCCAACGACAUGGGACUCCGUUGUACCAUCAGGAACCUCUUCAUCAUCACCACCCUCACCAUCACCAACAACAGCCCCAACAUCAUCAGCAGAUUGUGCAAAAUCACCCACUGCCUUCGUCAGCCGUCGGAGGCCUGGUGGGUAGUAGUGCUGCGCAGUUUGUAAGCAGCAACGAGAGCGAAGGACUUAAUCGGCAACUGCUGUACGAAAACUAUCGGACAGAGGUGGCCAUCACGCAUCAGCUGGACCAGAAAAACCGACUGAGCGAAGAGGUCGAGCGCUACCGGCAACAGCUGGAUCUGAUCGAUCGAGAAAUCCGCAUCCUGCAACACCCGCUAUCCCGAGCCGAUGCCCAGCAGCUCAAUCGGGAGGUCCAACAGCUGGAAGAGGAAGUCGACCGGAUGCAGAAGGAGGUGGACUCCACCGAAAUACCGGCCGCCGUUACCGAUCGCCUGCACAACCUCAACAUUGAAGGUUCACCUUCGAUAGCAGCCGGCGCCGUUGUGAAUCGUCCACCACGUCCUCCCAGACCCCCUCCACCCAGGUUACCCAGUGCCCUGCAUCAGACUCCUCCCCCAACGCAACCGCCUCCUUAUUCCGCCGAGGGCCGAUACGGAGGAGGUCGUUCGAUGUCCGCUCCAGCUGCCGAUCAUUUAGGAUCCGGAACCGGUGUGACGCCGGGUGUCGGUGGUCCCGGGCAGCAGUGGACCUGCAGCCUUUGUACAUUCCAGAACCACGAACUGAUGACCAGAUGCGAAGUGUGUUCGUUGCCAAAAAUGUCCGGUAGAUUAUCGUCCCAGAGUUCGGCCCCAGCCGGGUUGCCACCUCCGCCAUCAUCAUCGUCACGAUCACCAUCCCACAACAACAACCCAUCUAUCGCUGCAUCGAUUGCAACUUCCUCGACGUCGUUGGUUGCUGCCGCUUCACCUGCCUUGGCCAAUUCCGUACUGCUGCAGUCCCCUUCCUCGACUGGUUCCUCUUCCUCGUUGGCCGGUUCCUCAUCAUCGGUGGCCUCAACGCCCCAGGAACAGCCAACUGGUCCCCCUAUCCAAAAUGCUCAAUUUCAGCAAUCGUCGAUCGAAUGCUGAUUCUGAACAUAAGUAGUUAGUGCAUGGGUAACUUAAAUCCAGCGCAGGUGAUGGAACCUAGUGCGAACCUCGAUCGCGAGGAAGAGGAAAUCCGUUACGAGCGGGUCUGAUCAUCACCCAACCCCUUGCGCCAAUAACCUCUACACACUAGUCGCCGCCGCUCGCUGCUGUUUGAAGCGUAACGUGGAUCCAAUGGCUCGAAGAUUACCCCGGCACGAAUCCAAGACAUUCUGAGAGCCACUGGUUUCAUAGAGUUUAAUCACUUGCUGUAGAUUGAUAACGUGUGUUUGCUUGAGACGAAAAAAAAACGAAAACUAGCGAACGGUGCUACAGGAGAACUCGGCUGCCGUUGGUGUUGCUGUAAAUUUGAUUUUCCAGUUUCCAGAGUACGACCAAACCGAGUAUUGGACCAAACGGUAUCAGAAAUUGAAGAAGGAUGGUGAAGCCACCUAAAAUAUAGAUUUUAAGAAGUAUAAGUUGGAGAAACUGAUCAAUACCAUGACUGAAAAAAGUGUGCGCCGGCCAAUGGGAGAUACCAAGAAUAAAGUAGAAAUUUCUUUAACAAAAAACGUAGUAACCUCCGGUCAGGACAUCCACAUAUAUCUUUCACCGGGUCAAAACAAAAUCGUUCACUCCUGGAUUGUUUCGUAGUCGUUUUGAACUCAUCUCAAGCUGGAAGCAGCUUUUAUAUUUUUAGUUAAAAAAAAUCAUCAAAAUACAGCAAGUGGCAAAAAAAAAACAACAGAUCGAUUGUGGAGAAUACAACAAUUAGGUACAAAUUGUAUCUAUCGGAAUCGAUUCGCAUAUUAGGUUCCAUCUGUAUAGCUUUUAUUUCAUUAAAAAAAAAUAUGCAUAGAGAGUUACCAUCAUCAGUUACCAUCACAAUUGUAAAUCCAUCAUGAGUAGAUAAUUCAAAGAAUCCUCAACCGAAACCCAUCCAUUUUGGCUUAAGUUCUGUUGUAUAAAUUUCCAAAAUUCAGCUAUUUCUUUUAAUUUUGGAUUUUUUUUUAGAUUAUUAUACCCUUAUUUAUUGCAGCAAAAAUAAACAUACCUAUAGACUUUUAGUUUUAUCAUCAACAAAACUAUAAUUAAAAAUAAAAAGAUUUGCAGGGACUCAUUUAUUUAAAGUUUUCGUUUCAUUUAUUCAGUAAUUUUUUUUUCAUUUAAAUAAAUGACAUUUCAAGAA